AUGACAUUAAUUGGUAAUGAAUUGAGACGAUGGAUAAUUUUAAUACUUAUUGGCCAAGUAUUAGGUGUGUCUUAUAAUCAACCAAAAUUCUGUCCAAAUCCAGCAUUUGAUUUAAAUGCUACCACUUUUGCAGAUAUCAGUACAAUUGGCACAGAACCAUACGAUAUUUUUAUCGAUACGAAUAACACAGUUUAUAUACCUAAUCAACAAAAUAAUCGAUUUGUCGUAUGGUUCGAAGGAAAUUCUAUACCAAUGAAUAUCUCAGGAAAUUUUUUAAAUCCAUAUAGUCUCUUUGUUACAACAUCCGGUGAUAUUUAUAUUGAUAGUGAUAAUUCAACUGGUCAAAUAGAUAAAUGUACACUAAAUUCAUUAGUGAGUAUUCCCAUAAUGUAUUCAUGUCAAAAGUGCAUGGAUAUUUUCGUCGAUAUUAAUAAUACUAUUUAUUGUUCAAUGGAAGAAUCUCAUCAAGUUAUUACAAAAUCAUUGAAUAGUCCUUCUAAUGUAUUAACAAUCGUUGCCGGAACAGGUACUAUGGGUUCGGACUCAUAUUCACUUUAUGAACCCAAAGGAAUUUUUGUUGAUGUCAAUUUUGAUUUAUAUGUGGCGGAUUCUUCUAACAAUCGCGUGCAAUUGUUUCGAUCCGGAGAAUUAAGUGGAAUCACGAUAGCAGGAAGUGGUUCCUUAAAUAAUACAUUUACACUGAACCAUCCAACUGCCAUUGCUUUAGAUGCUGAUAAAUAUCUUUAUAUUGUUGAUCGUUUCAAUCAUCGUAUUGUUGCAUCUGGACCAACUGGUUUUCGAUGUUUAGUUGCAUGUUAUCAUUCAAAUGGUACAUCAUCUGAUCAGUUAUGGUAUCCAUGGUCUCUUGCAUUUGAUAGUUAUGGAAAUUUGUUUGUUGAUGAUAAAACAAAUAGUAGAAUUCAAAAGUUUAGGUUGUUAACGGGCUUAUGUGAUAAUAUUACAACAACUGAGGAAACUAUAACAUCAACUGUAUAUAAUAUGGAAAGUUCAACAGAUACAAUUCAACAAAAUAGUGUAACAAUAUCUCUUUCAAAUACAAUUGUUUCAUAUAAUCAACCAAAAUUCAAUGCAAAUGCUUCUUGGUAUACUGAUGGAAUAACGUUCGCAACAGAUCUAACAGUCGGAACAUCUCCAUAUGGUAUUUUUAUCGAUACGAACGAUACAAUUUAUGUUGCUGAUCAAGCAAGUGGACAAAUUCAAAUAUGGUUUAACAAUGUUAGUACACCAACAAGAACACUUUUACAGUAUAUGUCACAUCCAUAUGCUCUCUUUAUUAAAAAUAAUGGCGAUAUUUAUAUUGAUGAUGGUGCUUCGAAUAAACAAGUGAAUGUAUGGUCAACAGAUGCAAAUAGUAGUAUUCCUAUUAUGUAUGUUGCCGGAAAAUGUUUAGGUCUCUUCAUUGAUAUUAGUGAUGUUCUAUAUUGUUCAAUGUCUGAUUUUCAUCAAGUCGUCACAAAAUCAUUGAAUAGCAAUUCAAAUACAACAACAAUUAUUGCAGGCACAGGAUGUAAUGGAUCUACUUCGAGUACACUUUGGUUUCCUUAUGGAAUCUUUGUUGAUACUAACUUCGAUCUAUAUGUAGCAGAUUCUGAAAAUAAUAGAGUGCAACUCUUUCGAUCAGAAGAAUUAAAUGGAAGAACAGUAGCAGGAAUGACAUCAUUAAACUUAACAAUUACAUUGAAUCAUCCAACUGGAAUUAUUCUUGAUAUUGACAAAUAUUUAUUUAUUGUGGAUAAUGGUAAUCAUCGUAUUGUUGGAUCUGGACCAUAUGGUUUUCGAUGUUUAGUUGGAUGUCAUGGAUUAGCUGGUUCUGGAUCUAGUCAAUUAAAUUAUCCAGCUUCUCUUAGUUUCGAUAGUUAUGGUAACAUAUUUGUUACUGAUCAAAAUAAUAGUCGAAUUCAAAAGUUCAUAUUAAAUAACACUGAAGUAAAAUGUAUAUAUGAAUUAAUAUUUAAUAUAGAUGAAGAUACUACACAGCAAUCAACAUCGAUGUCAACUUUAGAAGAAGACAAAAGUUCAUCGAAUCCUACUGUAUCAACUGCUAUGUUAUCAACAACUGUGACUAAUCAAAAAGCUCAUUCAUCGUCAAUAUUCUUUGUUCCUCCCUUAUGUCAUAGCCAAUAUGAAAUUAGUCCCAACUGUAAUGUAUCAUCUACACCAUGUGAUAUGCUUCAAUCUUGUCAAAAUAAUGGCACUUGUAUAAAUAAUAAUAAUACCAAUAAUGCUAUUCAAGAUUAUACAUGUUCAUGUCUAUCAGGUUUCGAUGGUAUCAAUUGUGAGAUUGAUAAUCGACCAUGUCAAUUGAAUACUUGUUGGAAUGAUGGUACUUGUAAUACAAUAUCAAAUAACACAUUUGAAUGUUUAUGUCCACUGGGAUGGAUAGGUAGACAUUGUGAAACAAAAAUGUAUUAUUGUGAUAAUACGAAAUGCUUAAAUAAUGGUGUAUGUCGAUCAUUAUUACUUAAUUAUACAUGUGAAUGUCUCGGAUCAAGUUUUUCUGGUCAAAAUUGUCAAAUAACUGCAUCAAGAAUAGUUAUUUAUCAAAUUAUUUCGAAAUCUUUUGCUUAUAUAUCAAUUAUUUCUAUCGUAGCUGUUUUUAUAUUUGUUUUCAUCAUGGAUAUUCUAAAAUAUAUUAUUGGCAUUGAUCCAGCGAAAGUUAAAUUGAAAAAAAAGAAAGUAAAACGUCCUAAAGUAUUUCAAAGAUUUGUUUAUAUUAACGCAUCAGUACAACCAACUUCCGUCAAAACAUAUAAAGAAAAUGUUUCCUAA